AUGAAUAAGGCUGCACGAAUCAUGGCGGAUGAGUUCCACCAAGUUGUCAAUAUUCCUGUUUCUAGAAAUUUUAAUGAAUCCGUUACAGCAUUACAGCAUCCAGAAUCGGCAGCUGACUUUGUGAAAAGUUCUGACCUUUCGUCAAAUGCUGAUAAUACCGAUGAUUACAGUUCAGAAAUUUUAAAAAGUGGUUUGUUAGGUGUUAAUCUGCAACCAGAAAAAAUUUUGGAGGUUUUCAGUCUACCUGAUGGAAGUCACUCUUAUCGUGUUGCAUGGAAAGAUUCAUGGGUUCAUGAGCAACUUAUAAAGUCAUAUCAGAACCUAGUAGAUGAGUUCUGGUUAAAUAAGUCACAAGAACAAAAUGAAUCUGAUAGUGCAAAAUUUUUUAGAAACAAAAAGGCAGAAGAAUCAGAAUGUGUUGUUGAAGUACUAAAUGCAAACAACGACAGAGUAGUCAAUGUUAAUAAACUAAAUCUUACAACUUCUAUCUCUGCAGAAGAAAGUGUUGUAAAAUGUACUGAAUCCAAUGAAAAAGAUAAAGAAAAAAGUGAUAAUGAUAUUACUGAUGAAAGUUGUAGAAAGCGUAAAGCAGCAAUCAAUGAGUCAUGUAAAAAGCGUAGUAAAAAGUUGAGAGGAAGACCAAGGAAAAACAAUAUUCAAGUAAAAAUUUUACGCAAAGAAAGUAAAAGUCAAAGUUCAGCUGAAGAAAGUGAGAAUGCUGACAAAAUUGGAAACGAUGAGGUAACUGAAGAGUAUAUCAAAUCUAAAAAAGAAAAAAAAGAAAGAUAUUUAUAUGGUGAUGUAAAAGGUCCUGUAACUUGUGAUAUAUGUGAUAAGGUUAUCUCAAAUAAAUAUGGGCUUCGUGAACACCAGGCUGUUGUACAUUUUAAAAAUGGUCGCUAUCAGUGUGAAAUAUGUGGAAAACGUGUUACUAAUAAGAGAGCAUUAAAUUUACAUAUGACUGCUCAUUCAAAUACACGAGCUUAUGUAUGUGACCAAUGUGGCAGUAGUCACAAAACUAAAGGCAACUUAAAUUAUCACAUCAAAACCAUGCAUACUAUGAUAAAAAACUUUCGCUGUGAUAUUUGUUUUAAAACCUUUAAAGUCCAAGCUGACUUAAAAGAACAUUGCUUUGCAGUGCAUGCAAAUGCUGGUGUUAUUACAUGUAUAGUAUGCAAAAAAAAAUUAACUACAGCUUUAUCAAUAUACACACAUAGUGUUAUGCACUCAGGAGCAAGAGAGUAUGAAUGUGAUACAUGUGGUUAUGCUUUCAAGACAUUUACAGGUUUAAAAGAACAUAAAGUGACACAUUCUGAGGACAAACCUGUGCGUACAUGCCCCUAUUGUGAAAAAAAGUUUUAUUCUCGUUCUCAAUAUAAUGCUCAUGUAAUGCGACACACUGCUGAUGGAGGCUUAGUUACUUAUAAAUGUCCUAUUUGUGAUACAAAAUUUCAGCAUAAAUCAAGCUAUAAUCGACAUGUAAUUAGACAUCAACCUGGUGGAGAUUUAGAAUUUCCGAAGGAAAAUCCAUAUUUGCUAGUAGAUGAAUCUGAAUUACCUGAAGGGGUAUGUCAUAAAUGUCGUAAACAUUAUAACUCCAAAUCAGGUUUUUAUUUACAUGUCAAAAAAUGUAGAGAUGGAAUAGUUCAGCAGUAUGAAUGUCCUUUUUGUGAUAAUGGUUGUGCAAACCGUUCAAGUCUUAAACGUCAUAUUCAGCGCAGACAUAAAGGAAUGGAUUUUGAAGGACACUCGAUUCAGGGUCGAGAAAUUAUCCACAAAACAGAAGGUGAAUCAGACAAUGUUAGUAACAGCAAUGUAAUUGGUUCUGAAAACGGUAUUCAGUAUCAAGGUACUUAUUAUGAUCAUGGAUAUGGAAAUCAUAUCACAACUGUUGAUGCUUCACAGCUUACUGCUGUUGAUAUGCAGUUGUUAAUUGAUACUGCAGCAAGUCAGGGGGAUGACCAAACUGCUCAUAUACUUGGAAGUGUCAGUCAGCUACAACAAGCAACAAAUACAAGUGUUCAGAAUCUGCAUAUUUUAACUGAAAAUGAGGCAGCACAGUUUACAGCUCAACUUACUCAAGGUGUUAUAGUAAGAAGUUCUGAUGUUCAAGUUGGUGGCGACCAACUAAUUGUUAGCUCGGCUCGUAUAGAUCCCCAAACUGGUCAAAUAUUAGUAAGUGAAAAUCAAACCGCACAACUUAUUGUUAGUGCGCAUGCAAUGCAUCAUGCUCAAGCUGCUAGCCAUAUGCAAGGCAAUUCUUCAAUCAGUUUGCAAGGUUCAGAAGGUGUUCUUCGUUUUAGAAAUCGCACAGCUGUUAUCCAAAUUCAUCAUGAUAGUAGUGGCUUAGUAAAUGAGCAAUCUCUAAAUGGAGACUCUGCAAUUCAAAAUCAAGAAAUAGAAGACAUUGUAAGUAAUAACAGAGUAAUGGAAAGCAAUAGAAACUCUUUAGAUGAGCUGCAAAGUAGUGACAUUCAUGAGCACCAGUUUAUGGAGGAUAAACAAUAUUUAGAUGAUGAAAUUGACUCAUCUAGUGAUCAUAAUAGUUUACAUGGAUGCAGCUAAAAGUGUUCACAAUUUUAAUGAUUUAAGUACUUAACUUUAAGUACUUUAACUUAACAUUGUUGUGACUUAUUGUGUGAGCAAUACAUAAACAUAGGUGGUUACAUAUAACAAUUGUAUUUAGAUAUAUAUGGAGUUUAAAUCUCGAAAAUUCUGGCUUUUAAUUUAUACCUAUUUAUAUUUUUUUAUAAAUAAAAUGGAUCAAUUUUAUUGAAAA